UCUCUCUCAGCCCGAUCUUGGAGAUGCUGCCGGGGAGGGAACUGGGAACCUUCCGCUCUUCCCAGAGGGGCUCCAUCCACUCAUUGUACAUGGCACCUAUGUGUACACUAAUUGUACAAUUGUUGAACAUAACGUGUGAAUGGACCCACAAGGUCACAGAAUAUAAUUAAGAGUAUUACGAGGAGCAGGCGAAAUUCGACGAAGAGAUGGAAAGACGUAAGAUCCGCCACCAGCUUGCCAGCCGCACAAAGCCUGCCAUUCCUCUUCUGGCCAGCAAGCCGAUGAGUAUCCAUCAGUGGGCCCAGCGGCACAGAAACUGGAGGCCACAGGAAGUGACCGUGCAGAUUUUCCGUGGCCGUGAGCAGAACUCCCAGCCACUGAGGGGCCUCCACCACCAGCUUCCCAUGAGAAGUGUAAGUCUGUUGGCGGGGGGGGGGGGGUGUCAGUCCGCCCAAGGCAGGUCUCUGCCCCAAGGAGGUUGCAUUCUUCCUGCCGUCAAGGGGGCCCAGUUUACAAGGGGUGGGAAAGGACAAGAGCUGUUCUUCUCCACGCCCUCGGCUGUGAACGGUCCUGGCUCUCUCGGGAGCACUGCCGAAGGGCCGAUGGAUCCCUUGCGGGCAGACGGGGUGUGGGCUUUAUGCCACCGAGGCCCCUUGUUUUCUCUUCCCUGGUCCACGGCAGCCUCCAAUGUUCCCGGGACUUCUCAAGAAGGGAAGGAAGGAGGAGAAGCCGCCCGUGAGACCUCUGCGUGCAGCCAUCAGGUGGGAGCACUGGGAGCACCACUUGGAGGAUUGGGAGCAGCGGCCACACCAGCCUAAGCCGAAAAGGAGAUUGCCGAGCCUGGUCCCCACCCCAUUUGGGCUGCGGCCGAAACAGAUGGACCUGCCUCGGGCUGCCAAAGAGGUCCUGCUCCGCCAACGGCGAGACUGCUUCUAAACCCAAG